AUGGCCAAGCCUCGCCGUGCGUCGUACGCCGUCACGAGUGCCGAGCUGCCGGUUCUCAAGACUUUGGGGCUCGAGGAGGUGGACCCGGAGGAGGUUUUCGAGCUGCAGCGCAAGGAAGGCGCCGGCGCCUUCGGGCGUGUGUUUCGGGCCUGCUACAAGACCGACCGAUCGCGCCUCGCAGCGCUGAAAGUGAUCCCUGUGGCCCUCGAAGCGGGGGAGCGAGGCGAAGACAUCGAGAGCGUGCGUCGCGAGAUCCAAUUCCUGCGCGAAUGCGACCACCCGAACGUCGUGGCCUUCCAUGGGGCCUACUACAAGGACGGCGCGCUGUGGGUGGCCAUGGAGCACUGCGCCGGUGGAUCCGUUGGAGACGUCCGUCGCGUUCGCCCCUUGAGCGAGCGCGAGAUCUCCGUCAUCAUGCGAGGGGCGCUCAACGGCCUCGCGUACUUGCACUCGCGCCGCAAGAUCCACCGAGACGUCAAAGGCGGCAACAUCCUGCUCACCGACUCGGGCCAAGUCAAGAUCGCCGACUUCGGCGUGUCGGCCCAGCUGCGGGACACGCUCUCGCGCCGAGGAUCGUUCGUCGGGACGCCUUACUGGAUGAGCCCCGAGCUCAUUCAGGACUGCGACUACGACUUCAAGGCCGACAUUUGGUCGCUGGGUAUCACGGCCAUCGAGUUGGCCGACCAGAAGCCCCCGCUCUUCGAUGAACACCCGAUGCGCGUGCUCAUCCAGAUCCCGCGCAACCCGCCGCCGCAAGUCGCGCAUCCUGAGAAAUGGUCGGCCGCCUUCUUGGACUUCUUGCGCUUCUGCCUACGCAAGGACCCGGCCGAGCGCCCCACGGCGCUGGAGUGCAUGCAACACGAGUUCAUUCGCCGCGAAGCGCACAUCCAAUACGUCUUCGCGAGUGGUGAAAAGGAGGGGGCUCCCACGAUUGAGCAAGAACUGGAAGAUGAAAUCGCCGAAGAGAUCGGAGGAGGCGAUGCUAAUGUGCUCAGCGAAGCAUCCGUGUCUUCACGGAGUGAGGAUGGAGACGAAGGCGAAGCAUCGACUGGACUUCUGGGCAAAACCUUUGAAUUCCGAGAGUCUGCAGUGCCAUCACCGCUAGCUGGGUCGUCACCGCCCCCUGCGAAUGAUAAAGCAUCAGCGAGUGAAGAUGAUCUACUAAACCUUACAUCUGAUGAUGCCGAGUCAGAGAAGCAUCGGGACGGCAACAAACCCAAAGAAGCUGAUCAAGUACAAGUCAUACCUCAGCAACAGCCAAACACAGCGAACACAACCAGCUUCCGCCAUCCACCGACGGAGUUCAAGCUCUUACCGUCUUCAGCAAAGUCUCCAGUUCUACGUGGAAACACGAACCGAGAUUCCUCAACUCGUUUCGUCAAGGUGAACGACACGUCCAGAACCUCCAGCGGUGGAACCUUAAGCCCGCCAUCCAAAUGCGCUCCGAAAUCCCCCUCGCCGGCGGCAGUACUUCGCCCGAAAACGUCCUUGUCCCCACCUCCGUCACCGUCGGUGUCAUCGUCAUGGCUGUCGGUCUCAUCACGCCAGGAUGAUCCUCUCGCAAGCAUCGACACCAUCACAAGUGCUCGCGUGAAUCGCCUCCUCUCGUCGUUUUCGUCUUCCUCCUCGCGAUGUCUUGUGGCGGCGAUGCACGCGUACAAUGACCAACAACCUGUCGAUACUUCGGUGCGUGCUGCAACGCGGCAAAGCUUCGACUGGCGGUCAGUGGAGGCCGCACUGCCCUCAGCCAACCCCGCUUCAUCCCGCGACGAGACCAGCAGUUCUACCCGCUCCAGCGGUAAAAUCUUCGUUGGCGACCCGUUCCGAGCCUCGCACGACCUGUGCGUCAAGUUCAACUCCAUUCAAGCUCAGUACGAGGGAGCACCGACAUCGGCCGAGUGGGCCGCGCUCCACCAGCAGUUUGGGAUCGCGCUAUCUCACAUGAGGUGUCGCUCGUCAACGCCACAAAGCGCGCAAGCGGAAGACCGAGUGCCAGCGCUGCUGCGCAUGCUACGUCGGGAGCUCAUUCGCCACGGCGGACUGCGAUGCAAGUUCAUCUACCGCGUCUCGCCGGUUCAGGACGAGGUGCAGCGCUCGAAAGCCGCCAUCAACCGAGGCUCCUUCGAGCCUUCUCAGGUCGCUGACCCACACGUGUACGCAAGUCUCCUGAAGCUCUGGCUGCGCGAGUUGCCGGUGCUUCUGCUGGACGCUUUGGACGUGCACGACCUGGUCGCCGUCACCAAGUUGACGACCACGCGGACGGAGGAGGACGAAGACGGACAGCAGAUUGUAACAGCGGGGAAUGUUGACCUCGUGGACGCCCAGAUCACGCGGGUGUUGCGGAAGUUGGGGGCCCGAGAGAGCGCCGUCUUCCACUGGCUGCUCGAGCACUUGCUGGAGGUGAACACGCAUCGAUCGUUCAACCAGAUGACCCUCCAAGCCCUCGCUACAGUCAUGGCACCCAACCUCUUCUCCUGCAGUGGCAAUGCACGAUCAUCACAGGAAAACGCUGGGAACCUCAUGCGCCAAGUCGUGACGUUCCUGCGUGUGUUGCUGUCGUGGAGGAAAGUAAGCGUGGGCAGCUCUCCAACGACAGCUACGUUCCUGCUCGAGCCAGAGGAGAAGAACGUAGCAGCAGCAUUCUCCGCCAGAACGAAGCAGCCGAAGGCUAAACUCAAAGGGUCUGCACUGCAUGAGCGAGUGCGUCAGUCACUCACCAAGAUCACCAAGAGCUCAGAGUCUGGACCCGAGUCUGAGAGUGCGAGUCUGGCCAAUGCCUCGCUGGAAACAAUACUCCGCAGUCGCGUCGACCGCCUCUGGUCCGAUUUGGAGAACAGCGAGGUCACCACCGUCGAGACGCAGCGGCAGGAGAACGCGCUGCGUCGCGUCUUCGUCGAGUUCCAGCAGUCCAUGCUCCACCUAGUUGCACGUCACUCCAAGAGCAGUGAAGAGUGUGUCUGGGCGAGUGAGCUCCUUGAUAGAAUGACAGAGGACAAGCAGCCAGAGACGACGAUGCCAGCGUCUUUGGAGAAAAUGAGGAGCUGGGUGGGUGCCGCGCUGACCUUCGAGAACUUCUGCCGCCUUCUCGAUCGCGAACAAACCACUCAGGAUAAACUGGAGCGGCUGCAGGAUCGAUUCGGAGACACUGGCGAAGGACCAAGCCACGGAAUCAGCAGAAACAUGUUCAGUCAACUCACUCGUAUCCACCGGCAGCAGAGCGAAGAGGAGUUGGCUAGGAAAAACUCCUUCGCUGCGCGGUCCAAUCAAUGCGAGGACAACGGCGCGAGUGCGACUGACACGCUUCUGCUCCACGGUGCAGUGCGCUUAUCGAGCUGCAGUAAGCGCACCGGCAACGACCCCGCCGCUGGUUCAAAGAUGCACCGUAGUGUAGCAAAGCUUGGGGAACGGCAGCCAGCAAUUGGCAAUAUGCUGGUUCUACUUGGCGAUGAGAGCCAAGCUACACCAGCGCUGCGUCUCAGCUGGCUCCAUCAACUAACGGAGUCGAUCGCUUCACCAACAGCAGCCACCUAG